CACACAUCAUGGGCUGGUAACAAACAUAAGGACAACCUAGGGCUUGAUUUGCUCUUUACACUGCCUAGCCUUUUUCCCCUUCCUGCUGGUACUUUGUCACCAGCUGAAAGUGUAUAGUUUUUUUCCUAUGCCACUUUGAGCAACAGGUGCCCUUUUUGCUUCCUUCAAGGGGGCCCUGGCACAAGCAUAAGUUUUACUGGGACUCUAACAGGAAAGGCACAGAAAGUCACUGUGGUGCUUUUGAUUGGAAAACUAUUCCGGACCGGGGAAUUGACUCUUGAGAUUGUGCUUUCAGCCUGUUAGUGCAUGAGAGAGAUGGAAGCACGGUCCUCCACCACCAUGACUACACUAGUCGAAAUCAAGAAUGACGUGAGUCUACAUCAAACACGUUCGUCCAAACGCACCUUAACUGAUGACCUGUACACCACAUUCAGCUCUCCUGUGGCCUGGAUCCUCGUGCUGGCUCUCGUUGUAACCUGGUCGACCGUGGCUGUCAUAAUGUUUGGCCUGCUCAACAGCAAGGGUCUUGAAGGACCCCAGCCACACCAUGUCAGGAAAACAUUAAAGGAAGCAGCUAGCCUUAGAGGAGGUAUUCAGCACAUCAGCCCUGAUCCCAUGAAGACAGUGAGUGAAGCCAUGGAAGACUCUACUGAUUGGAUAACAUCAACCUUGACUUUUAUGACUAAUUUGCUAGCCCCGGAAGAGGAGGAGGAGGAAGGUGAGCGUCAUUUUGUGAGGAAAAAAGGAGAAUUCUUGCCACCGAGGAAAAAAGUUGCAGAGAUAUGGGCCAAGGAGAUGUUAGAAGACGAAGGGGAUUAUGAGGAGGAAGAGGAAGAUGAGGUGCUUGCUCUUGAAGAGGAGGAGGAAGAAGAAGAAGAAUAUGGGGAUGAAGAGGAAGAAGAGGUAGAAGAAAGUGAUGAGGAGAUCGUAGAGGAGGAAGAAGAGGAGGAGGAAUUAGCAAAGGAAGCAGUGGUGGAGGAAAAGAGAAAAGAGGAGGCUGAAAAAAAGGAGAAUGAGGAAGCUGAUGCUCAUAAUGAGGAAGAAAAAGAAGAUGAAGAGGAGGAAGCAGCAGCAGAAGUUGUGCAGAAGGAGGAGGACAAAGAAAAGGAGGAAGAGGAGGCUGAUGCUGAGCAGGAAGAAGAACAUGAAGAGGAAGCUGCUGCUGCUGCUGCUCCUGCUGUCAAGAAGAAAGAUACUCCGAUCCCUGCUGAUUCUGAUGAGGAGAAAGAAGAAACUGCAGAAGUCACUUCUAAAGAAACCGAGAAAAGAAAAAAAGAUACUCCUGCUGAUGACAAAGAUGAUGACCAAAAAGAUGACCAAAGCGAGGAAAAAGAUGUUGCCGAUGAGGCCCAAGAGGCUGAUAUCGCCAUAGCUGUUGGUAUUAUAGCUGAUGCUGGUGCUACAGUCGCUGAUGUUAAAGUGCAAGAAACUGGUGAGGAAUCUAUACUUCUUAAAGCUGAUUCAAAGCUAUUAACAACCAUAGAGGAGAGUGCUGCUAAAGCUGAUAAUGCAGUGGCUGAUUUAGCUGACUCACAAGAUGGCUUAAGCGCUACUGAUGACCAUGAUGAUAAGAUGAUAAAAGAGCUACCUGACGAUCAUGGUGAGGUUACAGAAGACGGUCUUGAAGAUGAGACUGGUAAUGGACUGAUAGACGCUGACUCUGAGAAAGAUAUAACACGUGAAGUUGAGGGUGUUUUUGAGGAGCCUGAGCUAGCCGAUGAUGUUGCAGAUAAGGAGGAGCAGGAGCAAGAGGGAAAAGAGGAGGGAGAGGAACAGAUAAGGGUUGAGGAUGAUGAUGAUGAUGAUGCUGCUGCUGCUGAUGAUGAUGAUAUUAUAGUAACAGCACCUGUAGUUAGUUCUGACGCAGGUGGAGAUGAGACAACAGUGGUGGCUGAUGAAGAUGGUGACUCUUCACCUGAAAAAGACAUAACAACCCUGAAAGAAGAGGAGAAAGAUGAAAAGGAUGAAAGCGCAGAGGAGGCGGAAAUCGCUGAAAAAGCACCAGAACCAGAACCGGUCCCUAAAGCGGCAGCCAAGGAAGCGAAAGAAAAAGAAGCAGAGGAGCCUGUGGCAGAGGCUGAAAAAGAAGACAAACACAAAGAGGCCUCUGCCUGUCCUUGUAUGCAUUCAGUAAUACCUAAAGAGCCUCAAAAAGCCCAAGACACUAAACCAAAGGAAGAAAAAGCUGAACCUGAGAAAGAAAAGAAAAGAGAAGCUGAGACUAAGAGAAGGGAACCCCUGCUUAAAGAGAGGAAAGAAAAAGAGUCUCCAGUAAGAACAAGACUAGAAAAAGCAAAGAAAGCUCCAAAAGCAAAGACAGCGGCUGUCAACAUACCCAAAAAGAGAAGAUCUCGAGCCUCAGAGGAUGUGGAAGUGUCAGCUGCUCCAGCUCUGAUACAGGAUCUUCCUAUGUGCCGACCAACACCUGUGUACUGCCCAGCGCCCCCUGGCUGGUAUGUGCAUCAUAUAGUUACAAGUAGCCCAUUACCACCAUCCGAUAUUCCAGAAUCAGAAGUUCAAAUUUCAACAACUAAUCAAGCUCCUACUCUACUGAAAGAACCAGAAGCUGCUUUGGCAAAACCAAAACAAGCCACUAAAAAGAAAGAACCAGCAGUGCCUAAAGAAAAAGCCAAAGUAGCUCCUACAAAGAAGGACCCCACAGUUACUAAAGCCAAAGCAAAACCUUCAGUGGCAAAGAAAGAGCCAACAGCUGUGAAAGAGAAGUCUAAAAGGACAGAGCGAAUGAUCUCUAAAGAAAAGGCUAAACCUAUCUCUACUAAGAAAGAAGAGAAAGCUGGAAAAGAAGUGAAGCCCAAAGCAGAGGUCAAAAAGAAGGCUGCACCAACACCGAGAGUCAAUCAAGCCACUGAAGAAGUUGUGGCUGAGACACCAGCACCAGCAAAAGAUCUGAAAGCAGAGGAAAAUGUCACGGAGGGGAAAAAGCCAGGCAAGAUACCAUACUUCCAGUGUGUUUUAAUGAGUUCUAAAUCCAGCCAGUAUCCACUGCGGCCCAUGUCCCCAGCUAUGAGUCCAGCUAUUAACCCCACCAUGAUGAGAGCCAUGAUGGAGCAGAGGGCUGCGUUACUGCAUCAGAAAACCUGUGCAGCUGGCCAGUAACUGGACGACAGACCUCGUCCGGCCCUGGCAGGUGCAAACUGCUCAUGAACUUCUGUAAAAACACAGUGCUGCUAGGCUCUCAAGAGCUGUCCACCUAAAACAUAAGAGACUUUAACAAAUAAUGAGUUGAGGUCCCUGGUUUUUCAGUGAACACUCUCCAUUCGUUCAUAAGUGGUUUUUUUUUUUGUUUUUUUUAUCUGUACGGUGGCCGAGAUAGCUCAACGCGCUGCAAUUUAAGAAAACACAUGCAAAUUGAAAAAACAUCAGUAAAUAAAAAAAACAAACAUCAUCAAUUUGACAACACAAUGCAUAUAUCUAAACGUGCUGCAAAAUCAUCAAAACACAUGCUUAUAAUGAAAUGAGCUGCAAAAUCUCAUAACACAUGCAUAUAACGAAAUGCGCUUCAAAAUCAUCACAACACAUGCAUAUAACGAAGUGCGCUGCAAAUUCAUCACAACACACGCAUAUAACGAAAUGCGCUGCAAAAUCAUCACAACACAUGCAUAUAACGAAAUGCGCUGCAAAAUCAUCACAACACAUGCAUAUAACGAAGUGCGCUGCAAAUCCAUCACAACACAUGCAUAUAACGAAAUGCGCUUCAAAAUCAUCACAACACAUGAAUAUAACGAAGUGCGCUGCAAAUUCAUCACAACACACGCAUAUAACGAAAUGCGCUGCAAAAUCAUCACAACACAUGCAUAUAACGAAAUGCGCUGCAAAAUCAUCACAACACAUGCAUAUAACGAAAUGCGCUGCAAAAUCAUCACAACACAU